UCUUUUUUUCUCAUCUUAAUAUUUUUGUUUUCUUCGCUUUUUUGAAUAGGACACCAAUUCGUUUGGGCUGGAUUUUUUAUGUUUUUUCUUCAACCACCAUUUUUCAAAACAUAAAUUUUAUCCUUGCUUCAUCAUUAUGUCUUUCUCAUAUAUGAUUCAUGUUGCCUAGCAGGACCAUAAAGCAUGCUGGGAUAGAUUCUAUGUUCGCUGAUUUUCCGGCUAUCACUUCAGUAUUAAAGGUCGAUCACUUAUGACAUCUCAUAGAACCACCGGAAAAGGUGCACGUAAAGACCUGAAUAUGAAUCUAUUAACUUGAGUAUCUAGAAAGAAAAAAACACUCUUUGGAAAUAUCCUUUCAAACAUAGUGGCCAACGCUGGGGAAACACUGCUCCGACCCGAAGAACAGAUUAGAAUUUUUCAACGCUUUCUACUGACUGUUUUUGGUUAGUAGUUGAAGUCUUUGUCACUCUCCAAGAAAAUUCAACAGCUUGGGCUCUUGUUCUUUUAAUCGUCGAUAAGCUACUUUUGCAAGCUUUUUCCUAUGUGCUUAUCUUAGAUCAAAGGCAAGCUGUCUAAAGAACCGUACUACAGUGAUCUGGUGAUCUCUGUUCUGUGAAAUUUAGAGUUGACUUUAGUUUCUUUACCAAGCUCUCACUUCAUUAAAUAUCACUAUAGAAAACUAGAUCGAAAAUGAGUGCACCUGCCAACGGUAGUAUUUGUAAUACUGGAACCUUGGAUGCAUGGGACUGGAACACUACAAACUCGACCAAGAAUCAUUCCAUCGAAAAAUUAGCUGCUACUGUUUCUUCAGAUUCACACGAAACAGAUACCAUUGUGUUUCUAGUAUCUUCUAUAUCUCUAGCGGUAGUCAUAGUCGUAGGGAAUGUUCUGAUUGUACUGGCGUACCGAUCCAAUUCUCGCCUGCAGACCAAAGCCAAUAUGUUUCUAGUCAACCUUGCUGUUUCGGAUUUUUUAGUGGGAAUCGUCUCGCUACCCUGCUGGGUCGUAGUUCAGUUACUCGGUCUUCGAAGAGAUGAUUCUUUCUACGAAUUCUUUAUAACUUUUGACAUAUUCAGCGGUUUAACAUCUGUGCUUCACCUUACCGCCAUAAGCAUUGAAAGGUUUUUAGCUAUAUCGAAACCUUUUUUAUACCCUUCUAUUCCUAGUCGCUACUACAAGGUGACCAUCGUUUUCGCCUGGAUUUUAGCAGCGAUUAUUUCGGCGCUUCGUAGUGCAAUCCCAAAACCAUGGAUUAAGUUCUACAUACCAGCAGUUCUAGUCAUCGGAUUUUUGGGCCCUCUUUUCAUCAUUGGGUCGAUGUACUGUGGAAUAUUCAAAAUUGCUAAAUCAUUAAUUCUGAAGGAACCAGGGGGAGACGAGAGAAUGAUGGAUCGACAAAAUAGAAAGUCCUCGAAAAAGUAUGUCAUCAGAAAAGAGCGCAAAGUGGCCGUCACUGUUUCAAUAAUCACAGGGCUAUUCUUUGUCUCUUGGCUGCCUUUUUAUGUAGUUUUAUUAAUAGGAGUUUUCUGUUUUCCUGGCUGUUGGCCUAAAUCUCCUUUUGAUGUUUUAAGAGUUAUUGCGUUCAGUAAAUGGAUGCACUAUGGUAACAGCGCAGUUAAUGCGUUUGUGUACUCGUUCCGCGACAAAGAAAUGAGAAGGACAUUUGCAAGGCUGCUUCAUAAUCGCUUCACACAAUUUUGCAUUGAAGUCAAGCCAGUGGAAGAGGCAUCGACCUAUUUAUAAAACAAAAGAAGAAGAAGAAAAGGGAAGACUCGAUGAACCAAAACAUUGGACCUUGUCUUGAAAUUAUUGACUUAAUUCUGUAAACACUGUGUAUUCAAUUCACGGACAGUAAACUGACAGUGCUAGCAGACCGAACUGUAAACACUACAGAUUUCCCGCUCGUAAUCAAAAAAUCUUUGUCAAUGACAAGCCGUUAGCAAAACUAUAUCUAAUAAAAUCAAAUCAUAAUUAAUAAUAAAUCCGAGUUCCUAUAGCUACUAUCUUGAUCAAAGUCAGGAUAUAGUGUUCUAAGUUUGCUUAGUAAAGGAAGGGAAUUUAUUUCAAGGUUUCCGUAUGACAGCUAAAAAUGAUUACUCGGUUAUUAGGAUGAUGUUAAAGAAAGCUGGCGGUAUUGAUGCGAACUUGUGGCCAGAAAAAAAAACCUAAAGCACCGCAAUUAGCCCUGGCUUGACGGUCUACAAUGUAAAAAUAAGCUUUAAAACGACAAUGAAAGAAAAUAAUAUUAAAGGUCGAAGAUAUCAACGAGGAAGCGCGGCCGGGUUUGACGGGCGCAUUAUCGCACAAGCAUAAUUUUCCUUGGUAGCCUUCGACUGAAUAUGUAAAGAAAUUAAUUACUGCACCGACGGCAUUUACACAUACAUUUAUCGAUCAAAGCUAAGUAAGUCUUGAAGGACACUAUCAAGAUGCAAUUUACGGCGAAAACCGAAAGCAAAUAAGUCAACUGUAAACUAGGCUUAAUAACCAUUAGCGCCAGAAAGUCGAUAAAUCGUCAAAAAUGUUUUGUCAAUGCAUGCUAUGGUGAAAAUUGUGAUUGAAAAGACUUGUUUUGAAUUAACCGUGGGGAGACUUUUUUUUUACAAAGAAUGUUAAAGUUCGCCCUAUUAUUUAGAAUGUGAAUGGAUUAUUUUGCUAAGACUACGAAAAGAUCUAUCCUGUUGUACUGACCAUAAUUUAAAGACGGUUAUUAAGAAGAUCAUUCGGUUGGUCUAGCACGCCUUUUCAUCACAAUCAGCUGCUUUAGCAGAAGUCUUCGUCGUUAUCAAGCAAAAUGAAUCCAAUCACUGAUCCGAUGCGAAGACCUAUUUUGAAUUCAUUUAACAAUAUCGGAUUUCCACAAUUAAUGUGCUGUAAUAUAAAUUACGGCUGGAAUUUGCUGCCAGAUAAAUUUUGGAAAAAUAA